AUGAAGUUCCUCAUCGUCUUCGUCGCCCUCUUCGCCCUGGCCGUGGCUAGCCCAGUUAAUCCUGACGCAGAGGCAUUUGUCAUCAACCAGGAAGCUAAUGUUGAACCCGAUGGCUUCUCCGCUAAUUUCGAAACCUCGAACGGCAUCAAGGAGGAGAGCUCAGGUCGUCUUGAGAACCAAGGCUCAGAGAACGAGGCUCUUUCUGUGCGCGGAAGCUUCAGCUACCCUGCUCCCGAUGGUCAAAUUAUCUCCCUCACCUACAUCGCCGAUGAGAACGGUUUCCAACCUUCGGGUGCUCAUUUGCCCGUUGCUCCAGAGGCUUAAGAAA